AUGCAUCAUCAAAGUUCUGAACAAUGUCGAAUUUUUGAUGGACAUUUCGAUGAUGAUAUGAUUGCAUUCGAUGACGCAACAUCUGCACCGAUAGGUCUCAUAUCAGCAUCAAAUUAUGCGACGAAACUUCUGGAGAAAUUCUCGGCAAUGCGUAAUAAACCUGAACUGUGUGAUUUUCGCAUUGAUGUAAAUAAUAAACAAUUCCGUUGUCAUAAAUUCUUGUUAAUGGCAACAUCAGAUUACUUCAAAACUAUGUUCAAUGGUAACAUGUGCGAAAGUCAAUCAGAUCAUGUUGAACUGAAAGAUUUUGAACGUUCAUCGAAUGGAAUUGAAGCAAUGAUAGAUUUCUGUUAUUCCGGUUCGUUGUUAAUCACAUUUGACAAUAUUGAUGAAUUAUUACAUGCUGCAACACAUCUGCAAAUCUUCGAUGCGAUCAAUUUAUGUUGUCAAUUUCUCAUCGAAUCGUGUUCAAUUAAAAAUUGCAUCGAUAUUUACAAAAUAUCUGAUUUCUACUCACUCGAUAAUGUUCUAUUCGUUAUCAAAACAUUCAUCUCAAGAAAUUUCGUUCUCUUGAUGAUUCAAGCUCCAGAUCAGUUCGAACAGUUGACCUACGAGCAGAUAUCCGACGAAUUAUCACGCGAUACGUUAGAAAUGCAUAAUUGUAAUGAACAUGAUCUCUUUGUAAUGACGUGUGCAUGGAUUGAAGCCAAUCGAGCCGAAAGAGAUCGAUAUGCUGCUGAUUUAUUUCAACUGAUACGCUUUAUGCUAAUGACGCCAGAACAAUUAUGUGAUUCUGUGCGAGAUCAUGAAUUGAUUAAAUGUAAUGAACAAUCAAGGAUCUUGGUGCAGAAUGCUCUUUGUUACUAUGCGUUACCCAACCGACAGCCGUUAUUGAAUGAUAAACAGUGUCAAAUACGAAAUGAACCCGUCCUUGUGGCUGUCGGAGAAGUUGAAUUGUUUACUUUGAAUACUGUUGCAGAGAAAUGGGAAACGCUUUGUCAAGCGCCACUCGAAGAAAAUUAUCCUUAUCCAUUCAGUGCAAUAACUGUAAAUAAUUACUUAUACGUACUUGGCACACGCCGUUCGUCAUCUGAAGAGUAUAAAUCAUGUUAUCGUUUUUCAGCACGUACAUGUGAAUGGACUAAAUUACAAAAUCUUUUACAUGAUCGCUCGCGAUUUGCUGCUGCUUACGUUGAUUCCUAUAUUUACAUUAUGGGCGGUUUUGAAGGAUUCAAACGAACGACACGUGUGUAUGUGAAUACAAUCGAGCGGUAUUCAAUUGAAGAUGAUCAAUGGGAAUCGUUUUCAACGGACGGUCCACAACUUUCUUCGCUUGCUGCAUGUGCACAUGGAGAAUCGAUUUUUCUUGGAGGAGGAAAAAACGGACAAUGGUCUAAAAUCGCUGACUUUUACUGCUUUUCCAUCGAGAAACGUCAGUUGGAAAAACGUUCACCAAUGUUGAACGCUCGUACUACCCAUGCAUUCCAUCUCUUUGACGGCAAAAUUCUCGCCAUCGGAGGAUUUGACGAUGAUGGAAAUGGCAUGUUAUCAAUCGAAAGUUACGACAUUCACGCCGAUCAAUGGACAAUUCUAACGUCGAUUCCAGGCGCUGUUUCUAAAACAUGGCCACAAUCAUUGGGCACUGUCGGUCGAUACAUUUACAUAUCAGUCUUCCAUACAUCGAAUUCGUUCAUUGUUAUGCAAGAAGAUAAUUUCAUUUUGUCUUAUGAUGUUUAUUCUUCUUUUAUUUCCGUCCUUGAAUUUUGUGUUUUUAUCGAGAUAAUAUUAUGGAUAAUCAUUCGUCUCUUAAGUAUUAUUGAAGACGUUUCCACAUCGCCGCCUAAUACCAAUGGUAACCUAUCCCCAUCGUCGAACACAUCAUUAGAUGUUUCAGCAAAUCAAAUAUCAUUUCCUUGUUGUAUAUUUCGUUGCAAACCAAACUCUCAUCCGUUCCAAGAACGAUGCAUUCCAUUACACGAACAGGUGAAAGUAGGACGUGCAGUUGCUCGACUCAAAGCUCUUCCGAACAAUGCCAUUUUCGAUUGCAAAGUCUUAUCACGACAACAUGCCAAACUCUGGUAUGAAAACGGCAAGUUUUUACUCCAAGACACCAAAAGUUCAAAUGGUACAUUUGUGAACAAUGAGCGAUUAGGGAAAUGUAAUGAAGAAAGUCCACCAUUUGAAAUCUUCUCCGACGACAUCGUUCAAUUCGGUGUUGACGUCACGGAAAAUAAUCGAAAAACAACUCAUAACUGUAUCAUCAUGGAAGUCAAACUCUUUCACGCCGAUGGCAGUGAAGCUUUACCUCGCAGCGCUAAUGGCCAAUCGUUAGCACAAAUCAAAGAAUUGGAUAUCAAUACUCAAACUUUAUAUCAACUAGCACAAUACAUUCAAGAGGCUAUGAAUCGUGAACAAAUGUUAGAACAAAAACUUGAAUUUCUUCAGGGUGUGCUACGUAAUGCCCAACAAACAUCGAAUGAUAGUUGGCAAGCGAUCAUUAACGAAGAUCGUCUUCUCGCACGAAUCAAUUCACUUGAAGAUCAACUACGAAUUUAUCGUACUAAGCAUCCAAAUGAUGAGUCGAUCAAACAAGAAUUAGUUCGAUUAACGGAGUCACAUAUGAAAUUCGAAGAAGAAUCAAAAAUGAAACUAGAGAAAGCCUUGCUCGAAUGUGCCGAUAGUAAUAGUCGGAGUAAAGCAUUCAAGUGCGCGUUACAGAUUGCUCAAGAUGAACUAAAACGUUUUGAACAAGACAAUCAACAGCAUAAACAAGAUAUUCAACAACUUGUUCAGUCUGUUGAUGAACAACGUUCAAUGAUAGCAGACUUAGAAACGAAAUUAGCAGAUUCUCAAACACGAUGUACGGAGAUCGAAAAUGAAAAACAACGAAUUCAAUCAGAUUUCGAUGAAUACUAUCAACGAACACAACAUCUAGAAGAAUUACAGCAGAAAUCUCUUCAUCAUGAAAUUAACAACCAUAAUCAGCCUGAUUUACAGUCUUCCUCGAUCAGUCCCCUCAUGGAAAAGAACGAUUCCGUUGAAAUUCCCAUCAUGAAAGAAAACGGAGAACAUGAAGAAAUACAUCGUCCAACGAUGAUCCCAUCCAAUCAAAUCGAGUCAGUUGUGAACCAUAAUCACAAGGAUGAACAGAGCAAUGACUUGAUCGAAGCACAAAAACAAAUUCUUUUACUUCGCGAACAAUUAAACGAAGCCAAUGAACAUUUGACGUCUACCGAAGAUUCGUAUCGCAACGAGCAAGAACAACAUCGUACGUUGCAAAGUGAACAUGAUAAAACACGUGAUGAAUUAGUUGAAUUAAAACGUCGUCUAAAUCAAGAAAAGAAUGAUAAUCAUGAACUAGUUCAAGAACAACGAACUCAACUUGAUCAAUUAUCCAAGUCCAUUCUAUCAAAGCAAACUGAGCAUGAUCAAUUACUUCGUGUUUAUCUAUGUUUUUUUCUUUUCUAUUAUUUGUUCAUAUUUUUUCUCUUCUUUUCUCUUCUAUCAUGA